AUGUUCGUGGGCGGUGUGAGCUUAUUCAGGGAGGACACCAAGACGACUGCCAGGCGGGAACUGCAGGAGGAACUAGGCUUUGGUCCCGCAGCUUCUGCGGCGCAGGAGGAGUCAACAGACUUUCGAUUUUUGUUUGAUAUCCUUGUGGAGACAUCUUACAAUCGGUGUUUCGUUGAUGUGUACGAGUACGUCGUUGAAGGAGGACAAGAGGAGAGCGCAAAGCUGGACCCAGAAGAGGUUCAGUGGGGGGACUGGAUACCGAUGGAGGAGGUGACACGGCGCGUCCUAUUGAACGGACUGUCGGGGGAGUGGACAUUUGUUCCGGACGGAUUGCUUGUCUGGGCGGCAUUUUUGCGCGCCACGGAUGCAGGUAGUGCGAAUUUGUCAAUUGAAGGAUCGGUAUGA